AUGGCAUGCAGUGAAUUGCUUAAUGAAAUAAAUUUCGAAAUCCCGUACAGAUAUCCACGAAAUCCUCUCACUAACAUACUUGUUGUACCAGCCAGUGAAAUGUUUAAAGAAAUUGGCCCAAAGAAGAAGAAAGCAGCUGGACAUAAAAGUCAGACUGUCACUGAGGAAGAGAAACAGAAAACAAAUAAAAAGAAACAUUGCAGAUAA